CUUCAUUUCUGUCUCUGGACUGUCGUAAAGAUGAGUGUCAAGAACGAAACCAAUGCGCCCGAUGAGAAGAUCGCCACCGAUGUUCCGGCUCGGGGACCGGGCAGUUUUAGUGACCAUGUACGCGGUCGGCAGUUCAGCGUCGACCCAGAGGAUCAUGCUCUGGUGAUAGCCGACCAGAACCUACUUCACCGCGAUCUAAAGGGCAGACACAUGCAAAUGAUUGCCAUGUAAGACGAAUACCGACUCGCAAGUGCAUACUAAUCGACGAACAUAGUGGUGGUGCAAUUGGUGCCGGUCUGUUCAUUGGUUCGGGUGGUGCUUUUCAGACUGGUGGACCUGCUUCUGUGCUUCUUGGUUUCAUGAUUAUUGGUGUCAUGGUCUACCUCAUGAUGCAGGCACUCGCCGAAAUGUCCGUCAUGUAUCCCGUCAAUGGAGCCUUCACCAUGUACAUCUGCCGCUUCGUUGAUCCCUCCUUGGGGUUUGCUUGCGGCUGGGAGUACGCUAUCAGUUGGCUUACCGUCCUUCCCUUUGAAAUCUCGGCUGCUUGCAAUAUCAUCCACUACUGGCCAGGUUCGGAGGGCAUCAACAACAGUGCUUGGAUCGUCCCGCUGCUUGUUGCUUUGACUGCGAUUCAGUUUUUUGGUGUGAGGGGGUAUGGCGAGGUCGAAUUCAUCAUCAGUCUAAUCAAGGUCAUUGCCUGCAUAGGCUUCAUGAUCCUUGGAAUAAUAAUCAACUGCGGUGGCGUUCCGACAGACGACAGAGGCUACAUUGGUGCAAGAUAUUGGCAUUCACCUUAUAGCGCAUUCCUCAAUGGCUUCCACGGCUUCUGCGGCGUCUUCGUCACCGCGGCUUUCGCCUAUACUGGCACUGAGCUGACCGGACUGGCUGCUGCGGAAACGGCCAACCCAAGAAGAGAGAUCCCGAGGGCCUCGAAACAGGUCGUAUGGCGUAUCGCCAUCUUCUACAUUGUCAACCUUUUCCUCGUUGGUUUGAUCGUCCCGGAGAACAGUCCCCUGUACAGUGGCGAAGGUUCCGAAUCGCGUCACUCACCUUUUGUCAUUGCAAUUCAGCUUGCUGGCAUUAAGGUCCUCCCAUCGAUUUUCAAUGCCGUCAUCUUGAUAGCUGUCAUGAGUGUUGCCAACUCCUGCACUUUUGGCUCGACUCGAACAAUUCAGGCUCUCGCGGCAAAUGGCAUGGGUCCUAAGAUACUGGCCUACGUUGACAAGAAGGGCCGUCCUGUGUCUGUGGUCAUUCUCCAGCUUCUCUUCGGUUGCCUGGCAUUUAUCAACUUGGCGAAGGAUGGCGGAACCAUCUUCAAUUGGCUUCUGUCAUUAUCGGGUCUUUCUAUCCUCUUCAUUUACGGCAGUAUCGCUCUGGCUCAUAUACGCUUCCGCGCGGCAUGGGCUGCCAAUGGUCAUUCCGUGGACGAGCUCCCCUUUAGAGCUGCUUUCGGCGUCUGGGGCUCGUGGUUGUGCCUGCUCAUCAACGUCGUUAGCCUUAUCGCCCAGUUUUACGUCGCGCUGUAUCCAAUCGGUGGCCCUUACCUGGAUGCCAACACCUUUUUUCAACUCUACCUCGCUGGUCCUCUGCUUAUCUUCCUAUUCUUGUGUUGGAAGAUUUACAGCUGGACCGCCCGGCCGGAGGACCGCAAGUUGUUCAUCAGAACGAAGGAUAUUGAUAUCUACACUGGUAUGAGGGAGGAACAACGAGAGAUGAUCAGUGGUGCAGGUGUCUCGAGUGAACAGAGGCGGGCCAGCAUCGAAAAAAUGCGGGAAGAAAACAAGCGGAGAGGUCCGAAGGAUUAUAUCAUGGCUGUCAUCAGAAACAUCAUCUAAACCGUCUAGAGUCGGGAUCAUUAUGUACGAACAAGAGAUGGAGGAUGGAGGUCGUGUCGAUAUGUAGUAGUCAGAGACACGACGAACCAAAUAAAACCUUAGGAAGAAGUAUACUCGGGAACUCUCACUCAAGUAUUCGUAUUCACUUCUGAAGUGCCUGGAAGACAAUUUAUAGAUAUCAUGCAAUUCAG